GUUAUCUGAUAAACAAAUUAGAAUAUAAUUAACUGAAAAAUGUAAAUAUAAAUUUUAAUUUAUUAAUAAAUAUUAUAGAAUACAACUAAAAUACAUAUUAUGUUGGAAAUUUAUACUUAGGAAAAAAUUCUAACUAAUUAUUUAGAGUAAUAAUGGAUACAGGUUCUGAAGAUAUAUGGGUGUAUGGUGAAUAAUGUGAUAAUUGUAUAAAAAAAUAGAAAAGAAAAUGUGACAUAUAUUCUAAUAAUAAAUAAGAUUCCUGUGAAUUAGUAAAUUAAUAGCAUAUUUAUGAAAUAAAUUAUGGAUCAGGAAACGUCUAGGGGCCUCUAGCCGUGGAUUAUUUAUCUUUAUUAGAUUUUGAUAGUAAAUAAAUAGUCUAGUAAGGUUAUUAAUUUAUUUUGGCAGAAAAAACUGAGAAUUUAGUAGAUUUAUAAAUUGAUGGAAUAUUUGGGUUAGCUUUAUCUUCUUAAGAAUAAAAUAAGUCUUUUAUAGGACUUUUAAGGGUUAAGAAAUUAAUUGAAUUAGAUUAAUUUUCUUUCUAUUUUUCAAAAUAUUAAGAUGAUAGUUUUUUACUUAUAGGAGGCUAUGACUAGGACUAUAUAGAGGAUGGGGAAAAAAUCGUUUUUUUUAAGUAGACGAAAAUUAAAAGUAAUGGAUUAUUAAUUUAGAAGAUUUUGGAUUUAUUCCACAUUUUUCUUUUAAGAAAUAUUUAUAUAAACUGAUGAAAAAUAAAUAUAAGAAAUAAAUUAAAUAUAAACAAAUGAAAACGAAGAAGAAGAAGAAGAAGAAUAAUACAUAAGUUAAUAUGAAAAAUAAUAAAAAAAAGCACUCAUAGAUACUGGCACAACUAAUAUAGUAAUGGGUUAAAGAGAUAUAUAUGCUUUGAUAUUAAUUAUGAAAUAAGAAUAUGGUAUAAAUUGUUAAUCUAUAUAAUAAAAUGAAAAUUUUUAAAAUAUUAUAUGUGAUUGUAAUGAUAUAUAGAAAUAUCCAGAUUUGUAUUUUUCUAUGAAAGAUAUUAAUAACAAAUUACAUAUAUUAACUUUAUAACCUGAAGAUUAUAUUUAAAAAGAAAAAAAUUAUGUAAGACUAUAAAUUAUAGAAAUGAGUGAGAUGGAAGAUACAAUUAUACUAGGCACAGUGUUUUUAAAAAAAUAUAUGAGUAUUUAUGACGAAGGAAAGUUUCAAAUAGGAUUAGUAAAGGCGAAAUAAAUUAAAUAAUUUAAGUUCAAUUUUAAUAGAAGUUUAGGAAUUUUCGGAGUUGUUUUAGUAAUUUUCAUUUUUUAUAUUUUUAAUUUAGAUGUUUAAAAAGAAAAAAUAUUUAAAUGA